GUGGUAAAGAGAGAGAGUUCUUCAUCUCAUGGUCAUCAAGAUGUUUUUUCUUGUAAUGCUGUUUCUUCUCUCUGGUGGUUCGGCUGAGGUUGUGACGGAUUUUCAAAAAGCAUGUGGUGGUUUUUUUAAGAAUGGAAUAUCACCAACAGUACUUCCUGGAACUCAGUACAAACAGAUCUGCCAAACUCUAGAUAAUCAAGCCUAUUAUGCUACACUUUAUGACACAGAGAACAAGAUCCCUGUGUAUUCGGCCUAUGUGUUUGAAGGGAAGAUGGGCUGCGAUAGAUCAGACAAAUGGUACAUUGAACCUCAGCUUGAUGUCCUGGAUAAUUCAAAAAAAAAUAUGGAAUCAGGAUCCAACAUUCCUUUAAUAAACCAAGCAUCCAACGCAGACUAUGCGAAUUCCGAGUUUGACAAAGGACAUUUGGCUCCAGUCAGGCAAGCAAAUUCACAGGAAUGUGCUUAUGCCACAUUUACUCUUACUAAUGCUGCCCCUCAAAACCCAUCCUUUAACAGGGGUAAAUGGAAUAAGUUAGAAAAAGAUAUGGUGAAUAUGGUGACUAGUCAUUGUAGAAUGGAAACUGCUCAUAUUGUUACAGGGGUUGUACCAAGUGUAAAUAACAAAAAAAUUAUAAACAAUAGAGUGAAUGUGCCUAGUCAUUUUUGGACCGCGUAUUGUUGCCACCACAUUACAAGCAACCAACUAAGCUCAGGAGGAGCAAUAGGAGAAAACAUUAAAACCGAAACUCCUCCUGAACAAAUGACUGUAAGAGGCUUAGAGCAGGAGUUGACAAAAUAUUAUGGAGUCAGUUUCAUUUUGUUUGAUAAUAAUUGUCGAGACGCUAACCAUGUUGCAUUCUGAAAUUAUGAUCUUAGCAAACAGUAUAGAGAAUGUAAAAGAUUGAGGGAUAAACUAAACAUAUUGAAAGAAAAAUGAUCAUGUCAUCUUAUCAUGCAGUAUAAAAUCUUAAAAUCUUUUAUCCAGUGAGGUUUCUCUGUGAUUUGUUUCUGAGAUACUUGUUGUGAAUAAAGUAUA